CUAAUGCAGUUCAAUGCAGUCAGCUCUCGAUUAGCAUGCCUGCCUACGCGAGCUAUCCACAAACCAGUUAGCUAGCAUUAUUUCUCAUAUAGCCACCAGAAUACAAUCUCUCAAUGCCCCGAUGAUUAAAACGGUUUGAUUGAGAUACUCCUGAAUAACAUGAAUUUAAUCCGCCCGGCGCUUGGGAUCGGUGGGUUGUCAAUCCAGAUCGUUUAAUAACGAUCUAUCUCGGCUAACAGGCUAAGAAGCUAACAGCGUCUUCGAUGACAUUUGACUGACAAACACAACAGAACAGUCUGCAUGGCCGACGUGCUGCUGAGUUAGUGUCCGGCCCUUAUGCGAGGAAGGCUGGCCGGCCGGGCCGUGGAGCACUAGAGAGGAAAAAUGGCAGUGCAGAACAGAAACUCUGUGCUGAUCCUGUCAGGUCGAGAACGAGGAGCUCGCAUGCUGGGCUCCCAGCGGCUCCUGCAGCAGCUGGUGGAAGAUCGGACUCGCUGGAUGAAAUGGCAGAGCCAGAAAGUAGAGUUGCCAGAUAAUCCACGAUCAACCUUCCUGCUGGCCUUCAGUCCAGAUAGGAACCUUGUGGCCUCAACCCACGUCAACCACAACAUCUACAUCACAGAUGUGAAAACAGGAAAGUGCCUGCACUCUUUAGUGGGCCAUCGACGCACACCUUGGUGUGUGACCUUUCACCCCACCAUCCCUGGCCUGGUUGCCUCUGGGUGCCUUGAUGGAGAAGUCCGUAUUUGGGAUCUGCAUGGUGGUAGCGAGAGCUGGUUCACGGAGAGUAAUGUUGCCAUCGCAUCUCUAGCAUUCCACCCCACGGCUCAGCUCUUGCUCAUCGCCACCAAUAACGAACUCCACUUCUGGGACUGGAGCCGACCAGAACCUUUUGCUGUGGUCAAGACUGCCAGCGAGACCGAACGUGUCCGGUUGGUGAGAUUUGAUCCUCUAGGUCAUAAUCUUUUAACAGCUAUUGUGAACCCAUCCAACCAGCAGAAUGAUGAUGACUCCGAGGUCCCCAUGGACAGUAUGGAGAUGGCUUUGUUCCGCCAACGUUCUCUUUUACGCUCCCCACCUGUACGUCGCACACCUAUCCUGCACAAUUUCCUGCACAUAUUGUCCUCUCGCUCUUCUGGGGCGCAGUCUGCCGAUCAAUCUCGCUCUGCGUCUGAGCCCAGAGAGCCACCCAGCAUGCCCCGUUUCCAGUACCCGGUGCGCACAGAACCGGGUGACCGCCCUGCCUUACAGGGCUGCACGCAGCAUUUGGGUUUAGGCUGCUUGUGCAGUCGCUGUGCUGCCUCGCGGAAUUUAUUCACGCAGAAUUCGACAGGCCUCCAGCCUUCGGAUUCGCCUCAACCACAGACUCAGUCGGGCCCCUCUGCCUUCUCACCCGCUCCUAAUCAGACCCGUGCCUCCACGGACCGACCUUCUGCUUUUAGCAGCGUGUUCAGUGGGGCUGCGGGGAACUCUACGCAUCGAGGACUCUUGCCUCUUAGGACUAUUGAUCCUUUGGGUUCACAAGCACCCGGUCCUCUUGAGGCCCCUGGGCGUCUCCCUGGGGCUGAUUGGUCUGGGAGUCUGCUGAGCACGGGACAUGAACAUGGGUUAGGUGCGAUUGGGGUGGAAAGCAGCGCCGGAAGGGGUGUAGUUCCCCCUCCUAGGACAAGCUCCUCUUCUAUGGAUCUCCUUUCGCUGCACAGGUUUCCCGAUGGUUCCUCUUCAUCACCCAUAUACACAUCUGCUACAGAAGGCCGGGGCCUAGUGCUGCCUGGAACGGAUCCCAACCGGGGACGAGCCAACGAUGGCACCAGUAGUGGCCAUCACCCCUUCUAUGACAACACCCAACGUAACAACCCCGCCUCCAUACGCAAUGUCCUGCAGUGCAACCUAAGCCGUUACUUCAUGGAAUACGAGCGCAUGCAGGAAUUGGAGCGACCCGGUGGCAGCCGAGAGGUGGCGGGUGGACCGGGACCUAUGCAGGAGCUUCUCAACAGUAGCAUGGACACAGAACGCCCUGGGCCUUCGCAUAAUAGCUCAUCCCACACUGGAAACGCAGGCACGGCCGCCAACCCUUCACAGAACCACCCAAAUCGUUGCCGUUCCUGCCACAACCUCCUCACCUUCAACCAUGACACUCAGCGCUGGGAACGUUCCGGCCAGACCUCUUCUUCCUCUUCAUCUCAAGAUGGACCAUCCUGGCCACUUUCAGUGCCUCCGUUUGAGGACCCAGGUCAGAGUGCAAGAGUGGAGGCCCAGGCCCCUGAGAUGAGGCCCAUUGCUUUGGGCGAGACCUCCUCUGGUCUACAGGACCAGCAACCCAUGGGUCUUGUGUAUAAUCAGGAGACGGGGCAGUGGGAAAGUGUGUACCGGCAACCGACGGCAAGCGCUGCUACUGAGGCAACACCAGACGCCUUAAACCCAGAGGUGCCUGUUGAUAAUCCAGAUGAGGACUCACUCAGGAGGAGGUUGUUGGAAUCGUCACUGUUUCCAUUUUCUCGAUAUGAUAUGUCAGGCUCCAGAGAUCAUCCCAUAUACCCAGAUCCUGCCAGACUGUCUCCUGCUGCUUACUAUGCUCAGAGGAUGAUCCAGUAUCUGUCUCGAAGAGAAAGCAUACGCCAGCGUUCUUUACAGAAUCGCCUACGGACGCUUUCAAACUCUCAAGCUGACAGCCAAUCCAACAACCCCUCCUCCACACCACCAGAGGCCAGUGAUGGAGACUAUGAGGACAUUGAGGAGCCAGGAGACAGGACAAGACACAGAAUGCCCCGCAACGCUCGAAUGUCAGCCCCCUCUCUUGGACGCUUUGUCCCACGGAGGUUCCUGUUACCGGAGUACUUGCCUUACGCUGGACUUUUCCAUGAAAGGGGUCAGUCAGGCCUGGCCACUCACUCCUCCAUUAACAGAGUAUUAGCAGGUGCAUCUAUAGGUGAUGGGCAGUCAGCUGUGGCCAGUAACAUUGCCAACACCACCUAUAGGCUGCAGUGGUGGGAUUUCACCAAGUUUGACCUUCCAGAGAUCAGUAAUGCCACUGUGAAUGUACUCGUUCCUCACUGUAAGAUCUACAACGACGCCAGCUGUGAUAUUUCCGCGGACGGACAGCUGCUGGCCGUGUUCAUUCCCAGCAGCCAGCGGGGUUUUGCAGAUGAGGGAAUCCUAGCCGUCUACUCCCUCGCUCCCCAUAACCUGGGAGAAAUGCUAUACACAAAGAGAUUUGGUCCAAACGCAAUCUCAGUCAGUCUUUCACCAAUGGGCUGCUAUGUAAUGGUAGGUCUGGCCUCUAGACGGAUCCUGCUCCAUCCCACUACCGACCACAUGGUGGCACAAGUGUUUCGUCUACAGCAGCCACACGGAGGAGAGACCUCCAUUAGAAUGAUGUUUAAUGUGGUGUACCCCAUGGCUCCAGACCAGAGAAGACAUGUCAGUAUUAAUUCGGCACGGUGGCUUCCAGAACCAGGCAUGGGAUUGGCCUACGGAACCAAUAAGGGCGACCUGGUUAUCUGCAGGCCAGUUGAUUUCCGCAGUGAUGGAGACAGUCCGUCGGAUCUGAGCUCGGAUUCUUUGUUUACCGUCAGCAGCAGCAGCAGCAGCAGCCGAACCCGUGGAGUGGAGCGCCCAGGCACCAGCAGGUCCGGCUGGCGAUUUGACCGAGACAUGGGCCUUAUGAACGCUAUUGGCCUGCAGCCUCGUCAGGCCGCCCCUUCCGUGACCUCACAGGGGACGCAGACGCCAGUGGUGCGACUGCAGAAUGCCGAGACACAGACGGAGAGAGAACUUCCUUCAGCCAGCACCUUCCAGAACGCACACACAUCCAGACACAUGGUUCACACAGCCAGCACUAGCACUGAGAGGCACGCACCCCCGGAGACAACACACACGCUGUCACACACACCAGUUCAGGCAUCGCUUUCAGAAGGAUCGGUGAACCGGACCAACUUGUCCGCCACAUAUCAAGUGGACUCCGCAGCCGAGCCUGGCCCUGGAGAAGACGCUCUGUCUCGUAUCCGCCGUCUUAUGGCAGAGGGAGGAAUGACAGCCGUGGUCCAACGGGAACGCAGCACUACAAUGGCUUCCAUGGGCGGCUUUGGAAACAACAUCGUGGUGAGUCAUCGGAUUCACCGUGGCUCACAAACCUCGGUCAGGACAACUCAGGUGGGAAACCCAACCUCGGAAAUGCCUGCUGGACUUGGUAUCUCGACUCUUUUUCACACUGAACCCUUGGUAGACUCUCUAGAUGCUCCUGGGCCGUCAGGGUCCAGCGGUGCCCCACUUUCGUCACCGUUUACAACUCAUGCUGAGGUCGCAGGGGCAUCUCCUAUGGUUGAGACGGACUUGUUUGGCGAUCGUCAAACCGAUGAUAUGCAGCACCACCCAUCGGCGAGCGGUUUGGAAAUGUCUAACCGUAGCAACAACAAUAACAAUGACCACAGCAACAGCUACAGUGAAAGGCGGAGCCGAGAUUACCCUGAUGACCUGUAUGGCAGAUAGUCUUAAGUCUGUUUUUCACAGAGAAGAACAUCUCAACUGGUCAGCAUGGUGAUGGAGCAUUGGGUGGUGGACCCUUUGGUACACAUAGAACAUGACAUUUAGGACGGAGCCACUGAAUUCCUGCUUCAGUUCUGACUCCUCCCACUCUGGCCUUAUUUGGGAAUGAAUGAGUGCCAAGUUUUUCAUGGCAUCUCCUUUACCGGAGGAUGCCAGCCUCACCUUCUUUUUUUUUGUCAAAACAACAGAUUCUCACUUUGAGGAAGCAUCAUUAUUGCACUUGCGUGUUGCACUUAAGUUAUAAUUUUUCUUCCUUUCAAGGUUGAGACAUUUCAUCAUUCCAUGCGAGAAAGGGCAUCAUACUUGAAUCCUUCCCGUGCUUCAGUACGGAAUAACACGGUUGUAGUUAACCACCCUUUCAAGCUCUAGGAAAAAUCAUCAGCCAAUAGAAGUGCCAGAAAAGGCUGGGGGCGUGUCCUUACGAUUCCUUUGGAUCCAGUGGGGUCUGUUGUCUUCAGGACAUUUUGGUUUGAGGAACUGUAAAACAGUACAGACUCUUCACAGCUAAACACUAACUCACACAACAUCCUCUAACGUUUUUUGUGUUCAAGUUCAGAGAUUAUGCUUGACGUGAUUAGUUUUUUUUUUUGUGUGUGUGUGUGUGUGUGUGUGUGUGUGUGUGCGAUAAUGUGACUUUCAGUGGUCAAGUUCAGUUGAUCAGUAUAUCUAGAAUAAUGUCUACUUUAAAGUUCUCAGACUGGAAAGACUCGUCCGCGUGAACGUGUGUCCUACUAAACUUCCAGAUGGCGAAUUUUAUGUUGGGUUUUUUUAUUUGAAUUUAUUUAUCUGUCGUUUUGAAAUAUACACUUCUGAAAGCAUGUCAUCUGUAAUUGGUCAUAGAAUAAAAAGCCGUUCAGGAACCCUCAAGCUGGUUCGGAUCUCUCAUAUCUGCAUGUGUGUCCAAUUCCAGAGCUUUUAUACAAGGAGGCUGGCUGAAGCUGAAUGCGAAAGAUGGGGCUUGAGCAAAUUAGCAUGUAGGCUGUAGAACGCACAAGCGCUUCAAGUGAAAUUUUGGUACGCUGAGCAGUUUUUAUUGGGCUUUUUUUAUAUUUGUGACAUCAAUUAUCAUUGAAACUAAAACUACGAUUUAACACUUUGCAUUUUUGCUAACCCUACUGAUAUUAUUUCCCAGAAAUACCUUAAUACUCUGAAGUGAAAUGUAAAAUUAUUGUGCCAGAUCGUUUUCUUGCUUUUAAACGCAACACUUUUGCGCCAUUAUUUCACCUCAAAUCAGCUGAUUGUCCAACUCUUUCAUACUAUUCUACCAAUCGCAAGCCUCUUAAUAUGUGAGAGACAAAUGGCAAGUGAUUGCACUUAAGCGCCCUUUUCUCCUGCACCAAGAACAGCGUUACAGACAAUAAACCAGACAUAUCUCUAUCAUAGAUCUGGAUUAUGACACAAAUCACUCUUGAACAACACAUAGUAGAGUAUUUCUUGGGCCCUGAACAUUUAGGAGAGAAAUGGCCCGAUAUGCUCAAACACUGCUGAGAGUCACUGACGGGCACUGUCUGUAUGUGUGGAUGUUUAUGUCUGUGUGUCCUCCACUGAAUCUAGAGAGUUUUAUUAUAAAUAAAUGUAGCAUUGUUAAUGUAGAGAUGAUAAACCGAGGAAAACAAAAACCAAAAAAAAAACUUAAAUCCAUAUUUCGUGAUGGAGUUUGGUUUUUUUUUUUAUGACAUUUGCCUUGUGAGCUCUUUUGUGCUUGUUAGAUUCUCGUGUACGAUUGGUCAACUCUAGCGAUUUGAGUUGUCAAUGCAUUUGCAUAUGCACAGGCCUUUCGUUAACAAGCAUUUAUAAAAAAAAAUAUCUCCCUCUGCUUUUGUGUACAAGAUUUUGUUAUUUUAGCUGCUUGGCUUGAAUUAGUAGCUUUUUUUUGUAUUUAAACAAAAAAAAAAAAGUCCCCAGUAGGAAUGGUUUGUGUUUUGAACGUUUUUGGAUGUAAGAUUCUAUUGGAUUGUGGUCUCAUCACAAACAAUGGCAGCUGAGGAACCUCUCGGAAACCACAUACCCUUUGGUGUUUUUCCAUGAGUUCAGUGCCUUGGGGAAUCUUCUCCUUACUGAACCACAAAAGCCGUUCUGAUGUGCGACAAAACCAGAAUAGCUUCUUCAUAAGCCUUUUGACUGUUGAGUGUUUUAGGUGUUGGUAGAAAUAUUGGUAAUUCUGAAGUCUGGUUGUGUUGACUGUCAUUUCGAUUAUUUAUUUUACCCUUUGUGUGAAUGACAAAUGCAAUCCUGACUUUUAAAAAUGCUUCUAUGAUAAGACAGAAGGACCUUAUUAUGUUGUACUCCAUCAAGGACACACCUUUUCCUGAUUUUACUCAUUUCUGACCAUCUGCACAGCUUAUUUUUAUGAAGUUGUUUCAUGCAGGGCUUGCUUUUAGACUUUUUAGGCCUACAAUUAAUUUGUUCUGAUGAGAAUAGCUGACGGCGACCGAAAGUGUGACAUUUUAAAAACUGUAAUUGUGUUCUUGUUGGAUGUGUGGUUAUGUAUAUGCUCUCACUGCUGGAUCGGUACCUUAGCUGAAGUCAUAAUGGUGGAAAAGACCAGAAUUCAACUCCCUUUUCUGACCAGACAAGAGGGACGUGUUGUUAUGGCUUACCAUAAAUGUGUAGUUGGUUCUUUAUUUAGUGCAAAUGAGGAUUAGGUGUUGUAAAAGAAUUUUGUGGGACACCAAAGAUCCUGUGGUAAUGACGAUUAUGAGAGUUUUAAUAAAAUGGGAAUAUGGAAAUUAA